AUGAACAGGCCCCAACUCCAAGAGCAGAAGAGGCAACUGGAGAUGCAACUUCAGUUGAACUGCAGUCGGGAGAUUGAACGGAUCAAAAUGCAAACUCGUCAGCUUUUCCCAAUCCUUGUACUUCUGUUAGUCAAACAUCAACUGGAGGCCGCCACUUUGGUGUAUCAUCGGCCCACAGCGAUGGCUUAUCCUCAGCCCGUGCCGGAGCAGGAGCAACAACAUCCUGGCUACACAAUUGUGGCACCCUUGACGAAGAUUGCACAUGUGACCUAUGACUCGGUGCCUAUUUCCCACACACCCUUUGAGCAUGUGCCGCUCUUCCAACGCAUUGGACAUGUGAAGAGCAUAGGUUUAUAGUUCUGGCGAGGAUUAGCAGUCGAAUAAAGUGAACUUAUACAAUUUA